GAGAGAAAUAAAUGAAUAAAUACUCCGAUAUUCUAUAGGCUACAUCCACAAACCAAACUUUUUGUUUUACUUAAUUCCUCAAAUCAAAAUGUGGCUGAUUUAUGCUUCAUGGAUCCGCUUUUCUCGCUUCUUCACCAGCGCCCUAUAACCUUUUCAGCUUUUCAUCCUCAACUAACACACUCUUACUCUCGCUGUCUCGCACUUUCUCCAGUCUUCCACCUUCCAAUCGAUAUCUUAUCUCUAACUACUGCUGGCUACUUCUGUCAUUGUCACUCUGAUCUACCAUCUUAUCUUUUCUUUUUUUUUUCCUUGAAAAGCAGGAGAGAAGGAGAUGGGCAGGGAAUGGCACUGGGGUGGUGGGGCUAAACCUUCCUCAACCUCCAACAGCUCCAAGAGAGCAUCAGAGAGAGACUCUGGUCAAACCACUCCGUCAGGUUGCAUCAGUGCUGUCUUUCACUUGUUUGAUUUCCAUCAUUUGCCAUUCCCCUCCAGACACCACCACCACCAUAUGGGAAUUCAAAUCAAAACAAGUGGAGACAAAAGGUCAAAAGUUGGAGCCCCGAAUAAUGACACUUCUUCAGACAUUAGCGGCUCCCCUGGGACCAAGACUCCUACUUUGGUAGCUAGGCUCAUGGGUCUUGAUCUUCUCCCUGAAAGUUGCUCACCAUCAUUUUCAUCCGCACCAAAUUUUCAAGCUAAGUCACGUUUAAGUCACCACAUUCAACCCCCAAAGCCUGGCCAAAGCAAAACAACUGGUCACAGAAAUUCAUUGGAUGGUGAUAUCAGGGGCACUUGCUCAUUGCCAGAAACUCCAAGAAUAUCGUCUGCAAGGAGGUCAGACGUGGAUCAUCACUACCGCCUUUCGCUUCAAAUCAACAAAGAUAACAUGAGCACUAGUGAAGAGUUGGUGAUGUCUAGUCUCUCAUCAUUGAAAAGGAAAGAGCUAAAACAUGAAGAUGAGAACAGAAGCCCUGGUCACUACGCUAGGCAGAUAGUGAAGCAGAUUAAAGAAAGUGUUAGCGGGAAAGUUGGUAUGGAUAUAACCAACACAGUUCGAAACAGAGAGCAAGCCAGAGAAGAGCUUGUUAGCCAAUUCAAAUACAAGAAAAUUUCCAGGGCUUUAAUCAAAGUUGCUGAUGAUUCAAGCCCUGGCAAGCACUCAACAUCUUCCUGUUCACCAAAGCUUAGAUUCUUGGAAUUCAAAAGCAAACCACUCGUAAAUUUAUCCACUAAAGAUCAUUAUUUUCAACCUCCAAAAUCAUCAUUUUCAUCAUCUCUUGAGAUCAAAAUCCAGCCUCAGCCCAUCAGAGUUUUAUCAAAGCCCAAGUUGCAGCCUGUUGAAGAGGAACAAGAUGAGCAGCACAAGCAGCAGAAGCCGCCAAGAGUCGCAAGCGAAUGCAAGAAAGCGUCCAGUGAAAAGUUCGGUUCACGACUGAAAAAACCUAAACAAACAUCGGGCAUUAUCCGGAACAAGCAAGAAGAGCCUUUCGUUCGUCCUUCCACAGCCAACAGAGUUAAUUUUCCUGACAAGAAAUGCAGGAAAACCCCAUUGUCAAAUGAUCUCCUCAACAUCACGGUCCCUACCCUUCUUCCAGUCAAAAAAGACCCUUCUCCUCCAGCCACAAAAAUCCCUCAAAAACAGGUCUUAGAUGCUCAAAGACCGAAACGUAGCUCACAGUUUUUUAGUUGUUCGAGCCAAACGUACAACAAACAAGAAGCGGAGCACGCACACGUUUCCCGAGACAACAACUACGGCGACAGAUGUAACGAUGCUACUACAACCACCAACACCACCACCGGUGAUCAAGCAGAAUAUGAGUACAUCGCAAGAAUACUAAGACGUACUGGCAUGGAAAAAGAUACCCCUGUGUCCUUCUCGUCCUGGUUCUCUCCUUCCAAUCCUCUUGACCCUUCCAUUUUUUACCAUCUCGAACAUUUCACCACUUGUUCCACUGCCAUCCUCUCUAAUACUAAUACUAAUUAUAAUAAUAAUAAAACCAAGUCUAGUCAAUUGAGCCAGCGAUGCAAUAGAAAAUUACUGUUUCAUCUGGUCGAUGAAAUUUUGAUGGGAAUUUUGAAGCCUUAUUUUAAUAUGAAGCCUUGGGUUAUUACGUUCGGACAUGAUUUUAGUCACAUGGAUGGCUCUCAACUAAUAGACACAUUAUGCUCGAAAAUUAGAAGCUUUCCUCGAGUUGAUUGUCGUGUUCUUGAAGACAUUGACGCCUUAAUUGACAGAGAUUUGCCAGAAAUUAAGUUCCAGAGUGUAAUGGCGUACGAGGAAGAAGGGGAAGGGAUUGUGGCGGAGAUUGAGAAGGACUUAUUAGAGGCGCUGGUACAUGAAACGGUGAAAACUGUAUCUCUCUGGGGAUUUAGUUAG